AUGCUGAUCACCCCUCGAACUUACUCAGCUUCGCAAACUCCCGAUCAAGGAGCGACCCUCACCCGCGCUGAAAGCGCAUCCCGCUACCAUACACUCGCGGGUUGGCGCCAGACUCCCACAGAGGCUAUCUCGGGUUCCGAGAUGCUGUUAGUUCAUCAGACUGGCAGUGUGCGCGUCGGAGAAAUCGCCAGAUAUACCUUCACAUAUACACCAGCAUCAGACCCGAUCCUCCCCAUCCCAUCCGAAAUCUACGUGCGGGUGAAAAAUACCUCCGCAAUCCCCCUCCGAGCCGCAUAUCUCCAUGGCCCAUACACCCUCUACACAGCCUGCUACCCAUCCAAAUUCGACCCCAACUGCAAAUAUACCGAGCAGGACUCCGAGGGGGCCCCCCAAUUCGAACCAUACCUGAAGGCCGGAGGAAAUUGGGAUGCAACGAUUAAGAUCCCGGCCCAUUUCGGAGAUUCACAUGCUCUCUCCGCAGGCCAGACUGCGCCUGGACAGGAUGACAGUGUAACCUGGGUGAUCGAGAUCGUGUCGCAGGUCAUAUUCUCAAACAGUGCUGUAGUCCACUUUGAUCUUUUGAUCGGACGAGAUGCAAAGUCCAUGGAGUUCUUUUCUAGUAGUGGGUCGUCGACGGCCAGUCUUGGUCCUCCGGGUAAAUUCAAUGAGUUAUGGGGACCAGGAACGAGGGGUCAACAGAUGAUUCCUACAAAGGGGAUAUUUUCACAAGCUGUUACGCUUCGCGUCGAUGAUACGGCCAGUCUUUGGAAUAGUCUCCCGCUGCCGUCGGUGCCGUCACAGCCUACCAAGACAGAAACAGAUGAAGUCGGUGAUAUUACGUCUAAUCUGGAGCAACUCGAUGUGACUGCUCCCGAAACCUCAAAGCCAGCCUCAAAGCCAGCCUCAAAACCACCGAAAAAGAAGAUCCAUCUGGUGGUACUAACGCAUGGCUUGCAUAGUAACCUCGGCGCCGACAUGCUAUAUCUGAAAGAAAGCAUUGACGCCGCCAUGAACAAAUCCCAGAAGCAAAAGCAAAAAGACACGGGUGUCUCCGAGGGAGACGCCGAACAAGUCAUUGUCAGGGGAUUUUCCGGCAAUGCCGUCCGUACCGAGCGUGGAAUCCAAUAUCUCGGAAAACGUCUGGCAAAAUACAUCUUACUCAUGACAUAUCCGGACCAACCAUACUUCCCACUGAAAGGAUCAAAGACGAAACCAUUUUUCAGCACUCGCAAAGACCAGACACAAGCCAAGCCUUUCCUGGAGCCUCACUCACUGCCCGAAACCCGAGAUGAUUCUUUAGACGGCGAAGACCACGCUUAUCAAAUCACCAGCAUCAGUUUCGUCGGACAUUCACUCGGUGGUCUGAUUCAAACAUACGCAAUCGCAUACAUUCAAAAACACUCACCUGAAUUCUUCACUCGAAUUCAACCGAUCAACUUCAUCGCCCUUGCAACACCAUUUCUGGGUCUCAGUAAUGAGAAUCCGAUGUAUGUUCGCUUCGCACUAGACCUAGGCCUUGUAGGCCGAACAGGACAGGAUCUCGGACUCAGCUGGACAGCACCUAAAGUGCGAAGUGGAUGGGGUGCAAUAAUUGGUGGUCGAGGCUCAGACGCAGGGAAAGAUCAAAGCCAACCAUCUGAUCCAGGCGCCAAACCGCUAUUGCGUAUCUUACCUUGUGGACCUGCGCAUGAGGUAUUGAAGAAAUUCCACCAUCGAACGCUUUAUUCGAAUGUUGUCAAUGAUGGAAUCGUUCCGCUGCGAACUUCUUGCCUUCUCUUCCUCGAUUGGCGAGGUCUUGAUCGGGUUGAGAAGGCGAGGAGAGGGAAUGGUAUAGUGGGAACUAUGGCUGAAUGGGGCUGGGCCGAAUUGACAGGAGCGAAUUCGAAAUCGUCGCCUAAAUUGGCACGAUCGGCUGAAAUGCCGGAGCUAGCUGCUGGUGGUGGUGGUGGUGGGGAUGGGGCUUCUGCGCUGCAAGGCCGCGAAGCAAUUGCUGUGAAUAGUGAGAAUUCGGCACCGAGCGCUGAGCAAUUCCUCGUGCAACAAAGACCUCCUUCACAUCAUAGCAGUGCCCAUGAGUCUGCAUCUGCAUCUGCAUCUGCACCCACCUCUGAGAAUAACUCCGGUCCCUUGAGCAGUUUCCUCUCCCUAUUCCGGACCAAAGAUACAAAGCCAACCCCAAACGUCAAACACAGUACACCGAGUGGCAAGCAUGCGAAGAUCUACAAACGAAGCCAGACCCUCGGAUCCUUCGACACCGAAGAGUCGCUAUCUCCAUCAGCUGUCCGGGGCAACUCCCUCUACGAAGAAGACGCCGGGGUCUACACACCCCCAAAAACAACAUUCUUCGAAUCUGCAGGAGAUUUGCUCAUGCCACCAUUACCUCCGAGCGAAUUCAUCCUGGAUCCUGCCGCACGGUCUCGAACCAUUUUCCACGAUCGUAUCUACCACCCCGAUGAUAUCCCGGCCCCGAUGCCAGUUAAGCGACGAACGACCGCAUUCGGCUCAUUACAACCCGGCAAAAGUUCAAAUUCCAAAACGGUUCCUCCCUCAUCAACCAGUUUAGGCACCCAAAGCCAGCAGCAGCAACAGCAGCAACAGCCUCAAGCCGGCGAGAGUGGUCUCAAAGUCGAAGAAAAGAUCGCCCGAGCCUAUCAUCGCGAUCUAACCUGGCGCAAGGUCCUAGUUCGUCUGGAACCAGAUGCUCAUAAUAAUAUUAUUGUGCGGCGCAUGUUCACUAAUGCGUAUGGAUGGCCUGUUGUGAAACACCUCGUCGAUACGCACUUUGGUCCCGCUUCUAUUUCUAAAGACGAUACGCUUAAUCGGGAUUCUGAUCGUGCUAAGUCUCCGAAUGUGGGACCGACGAGUUCGGGGGAUGAAGUUGAAGGGCAGUGCGAUAAGAAUAAGACCAAGACUGGCGAAAGGGAUACCGCGGGUACACCUCAGAAAGAGACAGAGACAGAGAUACACCAGGGGGAGACCCAAACCCAAACCCAAAGCAACAACAACAACAACCACAACCAGGGUGACGAUCUCACGCCAACAUGCGAACGAUGCGAGAGCGAGACCUUUGGAGACCCAGCAGGGAACAGUAAUGAUUUCGAUAACUCAUCUCAUAAAACGGCCAGCAUCCAUGGAAACGGACACGAACGUGCGCACUCGCAUUAUACGGAUGUUUCCCGUCAGGACUCGGCGCGUUGGACGGAUCGCCAGAUCGACGAGGAUAAUGGUUGUGAAUCUGGCUUGGAUGAAGAUGAUGAAGAUGCGGGCUAUCGCUGGUCUCCGGCUCUUCGGCCAACGUAG